CCCGCUUUCGCUCAAGACCGCAAGUAAGCAAAGGCGGUAGACAUGGGUUAUGACUAGAAAGUCAGCAGAUUGGAAACGCCAGUGUAGACUUCUGGCUAAAGUCCUCGAAUUAUAUGGUAAGGCCAAGGCUCUAUGGCACUUUAGCAACGGGCCGAUGCUCGGUCGAUCACCAAGCGCGAAGAAUCUUCGUAGGCAAUGCGCCAGCUCCGAGGCUAGGCCUGGCCCCUCGCGUGUCGUACCCAGUAUCAGAUGUAAUAAGAGUAAGCGAUUGCAAAGAUGGGUGCUUUAGGAUGGCUGAAGACUGGUGGUACCGGUGAUGCGACGAAGGCAAUGGAGAGGAAACUCGUUAUGAAGCUUGACAUCUUCAUCAUGGUGUAUUGCUGUGCAUGCUACUUCUUCAACUACCUCGAUCGUCAAGCUUUCGCCAAUGCCUACGUCGCUGGUUUGCGGGAAGAUGUCAAUCUGCAAGGCAAUCAGUACAGCAUUCUGCUGUCGAUAUUCACUGCCGGCAUGGUUGUUGGCCAAAUUCCCCAUGGGCUUAUCAUCCAGAAGGUCCGCCCUAGCAUCUGGCUCCCUCUCACUCUCCUCCUCUGGUCCGGCCUGACUAUGUGUUCGGCGGCGUGCAAAACAUACAAACAGCUUUGCGCAGUACGCUUCUUCCAGGGCUUGAUGGAAGCCAGUUUGUACAGCGGUACAAUAUAUGUGUUGGGUUCAUGGUACAAGCCUUCCGAGAUCGCCAAACGAACCGCCAUCUUCACAGCGGUUGGACAGGUUGGGAGCAUGUUCGCAGGUAUAAUGAUGACAGCCAUGCAUAAGACCAUGGAAGGUAGAGGUGGCUUGAAAGGUUGGCAAUGGGUAUUCCUUAUUGAUGGCCUAAUGGGAAUACCAGUCGGUCUUUUCGGCUUCUUCACAUUCCCCGAUCUUCCAGAGUCGACAAGAGUUACCUAUAUUAACCAGCAAGAAAGGCAGCUCGCCAUUGCUCGCCUGCCACCGAAAACGGCGAAUACCCACAGUAUCGAGAUCAAGAGCCUUGCUAAGCGUCUUCUCUUGACACCAACCAUAUAUGUCCUCACGGCCUUCUCGGUCAUUUGUGCCAUGACAGAAGCCUUCGCCUUCCAGGGCAUGUUUCUCCUCUGGCUCAAGCAUAACAAAGCUCGCUUCUCUCAGUCUGCGAUCAACACUUACCCUCUUGGUAUCCAGGCUGUUGCAAUCGUCUCUCAGGUUGUUGCUGGAACAUUCAUCGACCGUACUGGCCAUCGUUUGCCCAUGGUCGUUUUCGCCGGAGCGAUGCAACUCGUUACGGCGUCGCUUCUGCUAGUGCGAGACCUUCCAGAUGCAGGAAUCUUUACAGCGCACUACAUCAGUGGCACGAGUUUUAUCGUGAAUCCUGUUCUAUACGGAUGGGCGACUACAAUCUGCCAGAGAGCGGGUGACGAUGCUGUCAGGAGUGUGACGCUGUAUACGAUGAAUCUCGGUGGACAGAUUUUGUACACGUGGUGGGGUAUUGUUAUGUACCCGGCAACAGAUGUACCAUAUUGGAAGAAGGGCAGUAUCACCAUGAUCGUGGUGGUAUUCGUGUUUAUCGGAUUCGCGUUCGUGGUCAGAUGGCUUGACAGGAAGACAACGGCGGCAGGAGAACGCGAAGCGAAUGAGCCCGGAGAGUGCGAAGCGACGGUAGUGGUUGACGAGAAAGCGAAGGCUGGGUAACAGGCCGUGUUGAGUUAUACCCCGGGUGAGACUGAGAUACGACACUCAGUCAAAAGGGGCUCAGGAUGGUUAUGUCAUCAUUACACCAUCGAUGCAUCGAGCCUCCUGUAUCACUAUCAUACAUGUCGAAAGAUUGACAGAUAC